UACAUCUUUACUAUUUGAACUGUCAUUAAUAAAUGAAUUUCAGAACGAACCAACGAUGGAAGUUUCUGGUAAAUCAAAACCAAAAAAGACAUUUUCUCUUUCACGAGGUUCUGCUGAGGACUUUAUAUUGUUCUGUAUCCCGUGUGAUAGAGAUGGUGCCCGGGUACCAGCAAAAGGUUAUUGUUCAACCUGCAAAGAACAUCUUUGUGACACUUGUUACAAGCACCACAAGAAACAAACUCCAUCGUGUCAUCAUAUUCUACUAGAUCGAGACUCUAUGCCAACUACACCAAGCGUUCCAGUCGUCCAAGAUGAAUUUGAUAGUUGUGAUGAUCAUGGAGAUGAAAAACUGAAAUUCUACUGCAAAGAUCAUGACAUCGUUGCUUGCAGUGUUUGUGUAACGCAGAAUCACAGGUUAUGUAAUGUGGUAUACAUACCGAAACUCUCGAAGCAUAUUCUAGACAGUGAAGAACUUAAUGAAAUAAUGGCAGAAAUGAAAGCACUGGAGGAUAAUUUUAAAUCACAGAUAAAGAGAGUAAAAGAUGAGAUGAAAGCUAUUUCUCAAAACCACGAUGGCAUAAUAAAGGCGAUUCAUCAAUUCAGAAAAGAAAUAAAUACACGUCUAGACGAAAUGGAAAAACAUGUUGUCAAAGAAGCUGACAACAUACUUAUUAAACAGCAAGCGAAUCUAAAUGAUUUGUCGACAGGUGUAAAAGAAAUCACAAGCAAACUAACUGAAAAACGAAAACGCAUUGAUAACCUGAUACAAAGAAAAUGCCUUGAUAAACUGUUUGUUGAAAUGAAAAAAAAACAACAAAGAAACGACGACAAUAAAAAUGUAAAAUUUUAUGAUACAGUUCAGAAGAAAGUCGUAUCAGAGAUAAAAUUAACAGAGUCACCUUUUGAUGUUUCAGCUUUAACGGAUGAUAGGUUUGUCGUUACUGUACCUGAUGGCACAAGUAUUCAUUUCAUGUUGCUGAGAAAUCAACACAUAGUUUCUGAACGUAAGGUAAAUAUCAACGAGGACUGUUAUGGUAUUGCUUACAGCCAAGAUAAACUUGUUGUGUCAUGUGUUAAUCCAGGGAAAGUUUUAAUUCUGGACCUGCAAGGUAAAAUAUUGCAACGGUUAAACGCAGAUAAAAGUCUGUUCAGCUUUCCCGAAUAUGUCACGGUUAAUACAGCUGGAACGUCUAUAUAUGUUAGUGACUAUGGUUAUUCUCUUGAGAAUGGUGUAAAACAACUAGACUGGCAGGGAAAUCUUUUAGAUACAUAUCAACAAGCAGAGGUAGGAAAAUAUCUACGAGGUAUUUGUGAAUUAAAUGAUGGCACAUUUCUUGUUUGUUUGGCUCAAGAUAGUGACGACAAUUUGCGAAGAGUAUCAGACAGCUGUAAGCCGUGUAAGAUAACGAUGAAUAAGAAGCUUGGUAAAUGGUACCCGGAAGCUGUGGCAUACUGUCAGAAAUCUAGAAAACUUUAUGUGUCUUAUUCUGAAAAAGGGUUCUAUAAACCAAAACAUCGGAUAAAAAUCUUUAAGGUUGACUGGUGUUAAGUUACAUCAUGAUGAAAAGUAUACAUUUAGUUUGAACUUUUACACGUUUCAAUGUAACAGUUGAAAGUUUGAUAGAGUUAUUGUUCAAAAUGAUAUUUAUAUGAUAUUUAUGUGAUUAUGUCUAUUGAAAUCAAAAUGGUGGGCUCGAAAAUAUUCUGUCAAUAUUUUUAGUUAAUUAUGUAUAACUAAGAAUAAUAGGUAAAUGUUUUUUUACUGAAAUGUAGGUUUUAAGAUAAAUAUUUUAACCGGACUAAGACUGUGAUCUCACAUUGUUAUCAA